GUAGAAUGUCUGGCGAAGUAAGCUUACCUCGCCGGAAAAGUGCGCAACGAGCAGGCAACUCCCUCAAAAAGUACGUGGUAUUCCAAUCUGGAGGAGGAAAAGAAGAAGACAGUGAUGACAGUGAUGGGUUUGUAGGAGAUCAGAUCUCAUCUGAAUCCUCCAGUGAUAAUGAGAUUGAGGUAGCUGAGAGUAACGAGGACGGAGGAGCAAGUGCUGACGAGGAGCUCUCUGAUGAAGGGGAGACUGUUUUCAAUUCCCCUCACCGCCGGAGGUCCAUCUGGGAUACUGCCGCUGCAAUCAGGGACAUCAGGAAGGAUAACAUGGUGGUUUAUGGUGGUAAAAUGUCCUUUUUGGAACCAGUAAGCUUGGAACCUGUUGAAUAUGAUGAGCAAAUAAAUAUAUCAGUUAACGGGGAGCAAUUAUCUGCGUUUUCCAGUAUUGAUUCAGAGAAUAUCAGUAUCGGCUAUGCUGGAGGUACCGCAGUCUUAGCAAGAUGGAUUCCAAACAGCACGUUUGUUUGUCUAGCUGUUUGCAAUUCCUCGCACAUAGUGACUUACAAAUCUCCAAUUAUUGACUCUAUUCAGUUGUGGAGCUAUGAAGACGGACAGCUCACAUUUUUAUACUCACUAAAAGUUCCUGUUUUCUAUGACCUAGUAGUGUAUCCAUACAGGACUGAGGAUUCUUCAAAUUUUACCCUUUGCAUAAGUUGUCAAAACUGUGUCAGAAUGUUUAGUCUACCCACUAAAAAACCAGACGGCUCAGCAUUACAUUUCCGAGCAGAAGAGCCGUCCCUCCUGCUAAAAAUAGGAACCUGUCAUGAUAAUCUUCAAGUUGCUAAACUUAAUUGGUCUUUGUUUAAUGACAAGGUCCACCUAUUAGGUGGGUUAAAUAAUGGGUAUAUCGUGAUAUGGACUAUAGGUAAACAUACUGACGAGGGGGUCACUGCAUUGUUACCGAGUCAGAAGGUUUGGGCGCACUACGGACACCCUAUAUCUGAUAUAUCAGUAUUCCCACAGACACAGAACCUAUUUUGUACAAUUGCACAAGAUUCUCGAGUAAAGUUCUGGGAUCUGAAGAAUUUACGAUACUGCUUGUACUCACAGACCAGACCCCAGAAACAGCUCUUGCUUCCGUCUCAGAGUCAUUGGUGUGCUUUUUGGAGCAGCGUUCUGGUUCUUUCUAUGAUGCCGGUGAGAGAGAUCAGUUCAAAUAGAGUUCAUGCAAAUACAAGCUUAUGGCAAUUACCAACAGCUCCAUUGCACAAUCCUUCCCAAAAAGUUUUGAAUAUUACUCUUCCGCGGAUAUUUUGUAAUGACCUUAGUGGUAUCUCACCGCGAUGUUUUGAUUUCUGUGAUGCAACCUCCACUCUGGCUAUUGGGUUCCAGUUGGGAAUGGUUGCUUUGUUUAGAGUUUCAAAUCUGUGGAUUUUGCCACAUUCCAAGGAGAGAUGUCUUAAAUCUGGCAAUUUCCUCUACUUGAAUACGGCUGCUACUGCAAAGAUCAAUGUUGAUGUUUCCAAGGAAUUUAAAGAUGAUCAAGAUUUUAUAAACCAUUUUGAGUUCAGCCUUCCAAUAAAGCUAUCUUCCACAUCCCCACCAAAGUUAUCUUCUGUUCCAGAAUUUUCUAAAAAGGCGUUAACUUCAGUGACUCACGUGGAAUUACAAAAAUUUGACUCCACGAACAAAAGUUUAUGUGUCAAUUACAUGUCGGGACUGUUUCAAGUAUUGAAGCCUCCUGAUUCUUUAUCUGAUCCCAAGAACACAUUUUAAAAUGAUUGGUAUAGUACUGAAAUUCGUUCCAGAGUUUAUUUUUAAGUCUGCACCUGUGGCCUGAGGCUAAUAAAUAUCUUUAUUAUAUAAGUUUUUCUCAUAUUUUAGACUUAAUGUGAAUUACUUCUGAUACCGGUUGCAAUAUUUAUAUUUGAAUUUGUGUCCAUGUUUGAAGGAACAAUUAUGAUUUAGACUGCCUGGCUAGUGGCUAUCGUUAACGUUUGAUGACUUGUUUAUUUUUAAGUUAUAUUUAUUUAUUUGUAUAUAAUUUACGCAUCCAUUAUUUUACUAUUUAAAUGACAUAUUAUCUAGUAACUACUGGACAGGCUAAAUAAUAACAAUUCAUAGCGUGGUAAUUUAUUUCAUCAGCCUUUGUUAUUGAUAAAAAUAUGUACAUGAAGGCUAUAAAUUUAAAUUUGUCAUAAGACUAUGUUUUCGCCUAGUAAGAGUGAAAUUAUACUUAUUAAGUGUAUAGUAAAUAACUUAAUAUUAUAAAUCACUAAGUUGUACAUUAAUUAAUUAUAAUUUAGCAGUUUACAGUUACACUGGAAUGACUGACUCCAAGUCGGAAGUUGGUUUCGAUUUCGAGUUUAAAGUUGUUCUCGUUGGUGAUGCAGGAGUUGGUAAGACCAGUGUGCUUCGUCGUUUUAUAACCGGUUCUUUUGCUCGUCGGAGAGGCAGCACUUUUGAAGAUGCUAAGCACAGUAAAACUCUCCAGAUAGAUGGAAAACAAAUAGCGUUGGAUAUAUGGGACACAGCAGGACAGGAAAAGUUCAGGACGUUAACCACUAGUCACUUUAGACGUACUGACGCAGUUAUUUUUACAUACGAUAUAACUUCUAUGGACUCAUUCAGGAACAUUAAUUACUGGCACGAGACAGCUAAAAAAAACAUAAAUGAUUAUGAAAAGACGACGAAGGUUUUGAUUGGCAAUAAGAAAGAUCUAGAGAAUUUGUCGAGAAAAGUGUGUUCCGACGACGCAGAUAUUACGGUGAAAACGAAAGGAAUGUGUGCGUUCUUUGAAACCAGUGCAAUGGAAUCUGAAAAUAUAAACGAGGUGUUUGAGUUGAUCGCCAGGACACUUAAAAACCAGAAAGAAAGUGAGGGAGUUUUCACGGGGAUUUAUGGAGGAGAUCAGAACAUUAAACUCGAAGCCUCAACAGUAUCUUCACAGGGUGGUUCUGGUAGCGGGUGCGGAAUGGCCGGAUCCAGGCCUGACGAAAACUUUGAUUUCCUGUUUAAAAUUGUAUUGAUUGGUGACGCUAAUGUUGGUAAGACAUGUGUGGUACAACGUUUCAAGACCGGGUCCUUCACUGAGCGACUGGGCAGCACUAUCGGGGUAGACUUCUCUAUGAAAACCCUGGAAAUCGAUGGCAAACGAGUUAAGCUACAAGUAUGGGACACAGCCGGACAGGAGAGAUUCAGAACCAUCACUCAGAGUUACUACAGGAGCGCUCAGGGCGUUAUCAUAGCUUAUGAUAUAACCAACAAAGAGACUUUUAGAAACGUUAAAAACUGGCUAGAGGAUGUUCAGAGGUACACAUCAAAAGACAUCUGUAAAGUGCUGAUAGGCAACAAACAAGACUUGGAACCAUUGCGAGAGGUAACGACAGAGGACGCUCAAACUAUGUCAGAUAUUCAUGGAAUGUUGACCUUCCUGGAGACCAGUGCCAAGGAGUCAACUAAUGUUAACGAGGUGUUUGAGUUGAUCGCCAGGACACUGAAGAGACAACACGAGGGGGGAGAACCUCUCAUCCAAGGUGGAGAUGGUAACAUUAAACUUGGGACCGGGGGUUCUUCACAGGUGAAUGCUGGGUCUAGUUAUGGAUGCUGUUAGUACUCUUCAGUACGGACUCCGGUAAGUCUGUUUAGUGCAUCGCCUUCACUCAUGUAGCCUCAAUCAGUUUCGUUUUAACAGAUCUUUUAUUGAACUUUAUUGGAUUUAUUGGAACACGAAUUAGAUUGGUAGUUUGUAUGACUGUGUAUACGUGUAAUAGUUUUUUAACGUUUUUGGGGUAGUUUUGAUAGUUGGACAGUGCAAUAUUGAUGAGCUGCUCAAGAUAAUGUGUACGCGGUGCACGUGGUAAUGUGUAAACGUUGUAAUACCUUGGGUUACAUUACUCUUUAAAUAUAUUAUAUUCGACUGAGAUAACUCGAAAAAUUGCAUUGUUGAAUGCAAUAGAUUAUGAAAUUUCCCGAUACUACUAAAAUAUUACAGAUUUUCCCCAAAAUCCGCCAAAUUUAGCCCACCUUAAUUUAUAAUUAUGUAACCUAAGGUAUUAUGCUCUGAGAAUUAUCUCUGAUAUGUAUACUUCCAUUGCAUGAACCAUGACCAUUGUUAUUUCAAAUCAGACUAAAAUGCUUACGUUUCAAUUUAAAGUAGAGCGAAUCGAUUGUUUGUUCUGCAGAUAAAUGUAUUUUUGAUUGUGUUGUUUAACUAACCCAGCACUCCGUUCAAAACAGAAUGCCUUACAAUUAACAUCUAUCUAUAGAGCUACUUAUUGAAGUUGAAGAAUUAAGAAUUAUGUGAUAUUAGAAUUGUAUGAUAUCUCAGUUAUAAUUUGUUUUGUACAUAUAUUUUCA